AUGUGUGUAGUCAUCUCAAUGGGUGGAUUUCUGUUCGGUUAUGAUACUGGUCAGAUCUCCGGAUUUCUCGAGAUGCCAAAUUUCCUCGAACGAUACGGGCAGCAAAGGGCGGACGGUACAUAUUACUUCUCGAAUGUUCGAUCCGGCCUCAUUGUUGCUCUGCUCUCAAUUGGCACCUUAAUGGGUGCGUUGGUGGCCGCGCCAAUUGCGGAUCGGGUUGGUCGCAAAUGGUGUGUGAGUGGCUGGUGUGUGAUCCUCUGCGCCGGGAUUACGGUCCAGAUCUCUUCCCCCGCGGGGAAGUGGUAUCAAGUUGCAAUAGGUCGAUGGGUGGCUGGCCUGGGUGUGGGAGCCUUGUCGCUCCUGGUCCCGAUGUAUCAAGCCGAGACGGGCCCCAGACAUAUUCGAGGAUCCUUAGUCAGUACAUACCAGUUGUUUAUCACUCUUGGCAUCUUCGUUGCCAACUGUAUCAAUUUCGGGACUGAGAAGAAAACCUCUACAGCCUCCUGGCGAAUUCCGAUGGGGGUGACGUAUAUUUGGGCUAUUAUUCUCGGGUUCGGGAUAGCGAUGUUUCCGGAAAGUCCGCGUUAUGACUAUCGAAAGGGCAAGGUGGACAGGGCCAUUUCGACCCUGGCCAAGAUGUAUGGUAUUCCGAAGAACCAUCGCGCCCUGCAGAUUGAGUUGGACGAGAUCAAGGCAAAGUAUGAAGAGGAGGUGCAACGCGGCCAAGUAUCUUGGAUCCAACUAUUUAAGGCUCCUCGCAUGUCAUACCGCGUUGCUGUCGGGGUCGCCCUGCAAGCACUACAGCAGCUUACGGGUGCCAAUUACUUCUUCUACUACGGCACGACCAUCUUCCAGGGCGCCGGAAUCGAAAACAGCUACGUGACGCAGAUGAUCCUGGGUGGUGUGAAUUUCGGGUCCACAUUCCUGGGACUGUAUCUCAUCGAGAACUACGGCCGUCGUCGCUCAUUGAUCGCUGGGGCGCUCUGGAUGUUCUGCUGCUUCAUCGUCUUCGCCUCCGUGGGCCAUUUCUCCCUGAAUCGGGAUGACCCGCCGUCUACCAAGAGCGCGGGCGUGGUCAUGGUCGUGUUCGCCUGUCUCUUUAUUCUGGGAUUCGCCAGUACUUGGGGCCCCAUGGUGUGGACGAUUAUUGCUGAGCUAUAUCCGUCGGAGUUCCGGGCGCGUGCGAUGUCUCUUGCGACGGCGUCGAACUGGCUCUGGAACUUCCUUCUGGCAUUCUUCACGCCGUUCAUCACGAGUGCGAUCGACUUCCAGUUCGGCUACGUCUUUGCGGGCUGUCUCUUCCUUGCUGCAGCUCUCGUCUAUUUCGCCGUCAUGGAAGGAAAAGGUCGCACGCUGGAAGAGAUCGAUACGAUGUAUGUGAUGAAGGUGAAGCCAUGGCAAAGCUCCAAGUAUGUCUUUCCGGAUACGGAGCCGAGCGUUGUAGAGAAACGGAGGGCGUCUCACGCUUCGAACCUGAGUACUAACCCGACGACUAUCGGCGAGGACCAUGAGACUACGGUGUGA